CCUUAACCUCAGCCAAGGCCGGCUUCACCUUCAACCUUCCCCUCUGCCAAAGCUUGGACUUCUCGGAAAUGACUUGCGAGCGUAGGCUGGUUUGUUAAGAUGUACCCCGCCCAACCGAACCCUUCCUUAAACCUCCCGCAAAUUUUCAAAUCUUCCCUGCAAAAAAAACAGAGAUGUUGCUUCUCACCUCUCUCUCCGAAAGCAGAAGGGCGAUACCAACGCCCCAACCUCCGUGCCCUACCAACCGUCACCCUCUACCCCUUAUCGCCAUUACAAAAAUGCUUGCACCAGUACCUUCUCAUGGGCAGCAGCGUACCCUAGCUAGGGUUAUUGGGGUUUUUUCCAUACAAGAAAGAAGGAAGGAAACUGGGAGCUCAGAGAGAUUAAGAGGGGAAGGGAGGCAGAAAAUCUUGUACGGGUUACGUUGGUGUUCUGGGUUUCUAAGGGUUAGGGUGUUUGAUUAUCAAAAUGAUGGAAUCUGGGGUUCCUCUGUGCAACAACUGCGGGGAGCCAAUGGGGUUUGAUUCGAAUGGGGAGGUGUUUGUGGCCUGCCAUGAAUGCAAUUUCCCCAUUUGCAAGCCAUGUUUUGAUUACGAGAUCAAAGAAGGGCGCAGAGUCUGCAUGAGGUGUGGUGCUCCUUAUGAUGAGAACAGAGCAAUGGCUGAUGUUAAGACAGAUGUUUCUGACAAUCAUUCCACAGUGGCAGCUCACCCCAAUAAUCAGGGAAAUGGUAUUCACGCUAGGCAUGUCAGCAGUGUUUCCACAGUGGACAGUGAAUUGAAUGACGAGUCCGGGAAUCCCAUUUGGAAAAAUAGGGUAGAAAGUUGGAAGGAUAAAAAGAACAAGAAGAAAAAGGCAACAAGCAAGGCUGAAAAAGAAGCUCAAGUUCCACCAGAGGAGCAAAUGGAGGAAAAACAACCUUCAGAGGCGGCACAGCCACUUUCAAGAAUAAUUCCACUUCCACGCAACCGAAUCACCCCGUACAGAUUUGUGAUUAUCAUGCGAUUGAUCAUACUUGGUCUUUUCUUCCAUUAUAGAGUUACAAAUCCUGUUGAUAGUGCUCUUGGUUUGUGGCUUACUUCUAUUAUUUGUGAGAUCUGGUUUGCUGUUUCUUGGGUGUUGGACCAAUUCCCUAAAUGGUAUCCCAUAAAUAGGGAAACAUAUCUUGACAAUCUAUCUGCAAGGUUUGAAAGAGAGGGUGAACCCUGUGAGCUUGCUGCUGUAGAUUUUUUUGUGAGUACAGUUGAUCCAUUAAAAGAACCACCAUUGAUCACUGCCAAUACUGUGCUUUCUAUCCUUGCCGUGGACUACCCAGUUGAAAAAGUCUCCUGUUAUGUAUCUGAUGAUGGUGCAGCCAUGCUCUCUUUUGAAUCUCUUGUUGAGACGGCUGAGUUUGCAAGGAAAUGGGUACCAUUUUGCAAAAAGUUUUCAAUUGAACCACGUGCUCCUGAGUUUUACUUCUCACAGAAGAUUGAUUACCUGAAGGAUAAAGUGCAACCCUCUUUUGUGAAGGAGAGAAGAGCGAUGAAAAGGGAUUAUGAAGAAUACAAAGUUCGUGUAAACGCCUUAGUGGCAAAGGCUCAGAAAACACCAGAAGAAGGCUGGACAAUGCAAGAUGGAACACCUUGGCCUGGAAAUAACUCACGAGACCACCCUGGCAUGAUUCAGGUUUUUCUUGGACACAGCGGUGCCCAUGACAUAGAGGGAAAUGAACUUCCCCGACUGGUUUAUGUCUCAAGAGAGAAGAGGCCUGGUUAUCAACACCACAAAAAAGCUGGUGCUGAGAAUGCUUUGGUACGGGUGUCUGCAGUUCUCACAAAUGCUCCCUACAUCCUCAACCUUGAUUGUGAUCACUAUGUUAAUAAUAGCAAGGCCAUUCGUGAGGCGAUGUGUUUCUUGAUGGACCCCCAAGUUGGUAGAGAUGUAUGCUAUGUGCAGUUCCCUCAGAGGUUUGAUGGCAUUGAUCGCAGUGACCGAUAUGCUAACCGCAAUAUAGUUUUCUUUGAUGUUAACAUGAAAGGACUGGAUGGCCUUCAAGGACCAGUUUAUGUGGGGACUGGAUGUGUUUUCAAUAGGCAAGCACUCUAUGGUUAUGGACCUCCAUCUAUGCCCAGCUUACCCAAAGCUUCUUCCUUGUGCUCAUGGUGCGGCUGUUGUUGUUGUUGUGGCCGGUCCAAGAAACCCACCAAAGAUCUCUCAGAGAUUAAUCGUGACGUGAAACGGGAAGAUCUUGAUGCUGCCAUCUUUAACCUCAGGGAAAUUGAUAAUUAUGAUGAAUAUGAGAGAUCAUUACUGAUCUCCCAGAUGAGUUUCGAGAAAACGUUUGGCCUAUCUACUGUAUUUAUUGAGUCUACACUUAUGGAAAAUGGAGGAGUGGCUGAAUCUGCCAACCCAUCAACACUAAUCAAAGAAGCAAUUCAUGUCAUAAGCUGUGGUUAUGAAGAGAAGACAGAAUGGGGAAAGGAGAUUGGAUGGAUAUACGGAUCCGUCACUGAGGAUAUUUUAACAGGUUUCAAGAUGCACUGCCGAGGAUGGAGGUCAAUUUACUGCAUGCCCUUAAGACCUGCUUUCAAAGGAUCUGCACCCAUCAACUUGUCUGAUCGGCUGCACCAGGUUCUCCGAUGGGCCCUUGGGUCUGUGGAGAUCUUCCUGAGCAGACACUGCCCUCUCUGGUAUGGCUAUGGAGGAGGCCGCCUCAAAUGGCUUCAGAGAUUGGCGUACAUAAACACCAUUGUUUACCCUUUCACAUCUCUCCCUCUCAUUGCAUACUGCUCACUGCCUGCAAUAUGCCUUCUGACUGGAAAAUUCAUCAUACCAACGCUCUCCAAUGUAGCGAGCAUCUGGUUUCUAGGCCUCUUCCUUUCCAUUAUUGCAACCAGUGUGCUCGAGCUGCGGUGGAGUGGAGUCAGCAUUGAAGACUUGUGGCGUAACGAGCAGUUCUGGGUGAUUGGAGGCGUUUCAGCCCAUCUCUUUGCUGUCUUCCAAGGAUUUCUGAAGAUGCUAGCUGGUGUUGACACCAACUUUACAGUAACAGCAAAAGCUGCGGAUGAUGCAGAAUUUGGGGAGCUCUACAUUAUCAAGUGGACAACGCUGCUGAUCCCGCCAACAACCCUUCUCAUUGUCAACAUGGUAGGUGUUGUAGCUGGAUUCUCCGAUGCUCUGAACAAAGGUUAUGAAGCUUGGGGUCCUCUUUUUGGGAAGGUCUUCUUCGCCUUUUGGGUGAUCCUCCAUCUCUACCCAUUCCUCAAGGGGCUCAUGGGUCGGCAGAACCGUACCCCAACCAUUGUUGUUCUCUGGUCAGUGCUGUUGGCCUCUGUCUUCUCCCUAGUAUGGGUGAAGAUCAACCCAUUCGUAAGUAACGUUAAUGAUUCAACCCUCACCCAAAGCUGUAUAUCCAUUGAUUGUUGAGCAGAUAUGUAUCACAAGGAAGCCUGCCAGAAUUUUGGGUUCAAUAUUAUGAGUAUUCGAACUGGAAUUUCUGUAGAUUCGUACCUUACCUCUUGCAUGAGUGGAAACUUUUUGGUUACUUUUAUCACUCUAGAAGCCAGUUUUGAAUGUCUUAAAAACACUUUGCAUUAAUCUUUUCAUGGACCUUUGAAGCUGAACAGUGUGUAAAGAUCAAGGUGUACUGUAUUAAUUGGUUAUGCAUAAAUGAAUGAAGAUAGCAGCAAAGCAUUAGUAA